AUGUCUUGGUAUAAGCUGAUUCUGGUACGGGAAUAUUUGAUGGAAUGCGUUAUUCAAGUAUUUGGUGACGAUUUCCACCUUGCGACUUUGAAUGAGUUUCUACGAGCUUGUGGAGAUUUAGUCCCAGAAGUUAAUGUCAAAAACAUCCUUAUUGCAUUGAUUGAAAGGCUGGCAUUGUUUGCUGCAAAUCCGGAUGGACCUGGCAUCCCAGCAGAUAUUCAGCUGUUCGAUAUUUUCUCUGAGCAAGCGAAAAAUCUCGUCAAAAAUCGAACCGAAAUGCCUAUGGAGGACAUUGUGUCACUUUAUGCCGCUUUGGUCAGCUUAGCUAUUAAAUGUUACCCAAAUCGGCCAGAGUUCGCAAACACAUCAUUUGGAAGUUUGAAAUGCAUUUUGGAGGAGAAGAAGAAAACUGCCAUUGAACCAUUCGAUCCUGUUGGUCGAGAGUUGAUGAAACUUAUCCGAUUGCCCAUCGAUGAGUACAAUAAUGCUUUAAAAAUUGCUGGCCUCACCGAGUUUGUCCCAGUAAUGGAGAGCUUCAAGUAUCAUGGACGUUGUUUGGCUGCGUCACAUAUCAUUCAG